CUGUGAUGUAAUGCCCUGUGACGGUGAUGUAACCGUGGGUGGCACAGCUUGUCCACAUAUCUGUUGUCAAAGAUACGCCAGGGGACUGCUUUAGAAUAUCUUCAAGCUGAGUUUUGGUGUCGGCAUAUUACUUCAUAAGGCUCCAGUGACAAAGCCAGGCAGUGAAUGACCACCCAGCAUUUCCUUCCUGGCAAGUCCCUCACAGGCCCCUUGCGGGCAGGGAAACAAGACAAAGUCUCUCCUGGAGAGGAAACUGACGAUCAAGGGGUGACACUCGAUAUUUUGAGAGUUGUGAAGUCAAUAUCAUUUAAACUGACAGCUCCACUUGACUCAUGUGUGGAGUCCGAUGUUGACCGAGAACAUCUUUCACAUGGUGAUCAUCGUCAUAUAGUACACCCCAGUAACAUCAACAACAACAUGGUGGAUGUACAGCCCUCAAGUACAGAAGAGGACAUGUCAGGUUGUGAGUCCCCACAAGUACCUGGUUUAAACAGAGAGGAAGAUGGUGGUCAGGCUUCUCCAUCACCACACACUUCACAUCCACAUCCAAAACCAGCAGACAAAAGCCAGUUAUCUAUUGUGAAAUCUGUCAAGCAGAAGAAUACUAAAUCUAGGAAGAAAGCUAAUGUUUCUAAAACCCAUGUACUGUCUGAAUCAGAAGAUGAGGGGCCAACCGUCUCCGUGAAACCAAUGUCAAGGUCACCAGCCAGGACAUCCUCAUCAAGACUGUCCCUGGGGAUUCAAAGUGAACCUACGGAUAAUCAACAACUAAUCACCUGCUUUGAUUCCAUGAAUUCAGAAGAUGGGAAUGCAGCGAUGAACUCGGACACAAGGAUUCAUGAGUUAGAUGGUGAUGUCAGUAACUUCAGACUCUGGCUCAUCAAGGUGCCAGCUGAGAUGUCUCUGUUGACUCUUCCACAACACAUCACACUGGAUGGAGUUGACCACUUUGCUGUGGACACGAAAAGAUACGAGCUGCAAGCCUUUGAUGAUGAUAAUAUGGAGAGAGACCAUGUCUCCUUAGUGCAGCAGGACUUGAGUCACUUGACAGAAGGUGUGUACAACAC